CACGUGAGCAGCAGGAUGUUUGAGCAGUCUCAAUAUGAAGGGUUCUGGCUGCAUCCGGCAGUGGAGCUGCGAGGCCAGGUGUCGCAGAGAGACGGCGGCCGCGGUGUUUUCGUGUCCUCGCUUGCGGGACAGCCAUUACCUGAAGGAACGCUGGUUCUAGCUGAAACCGCUUUGCUCCUCGCCGACUCGUACGAAGAUUUACUUCACCGCAUGAAGAGCCUGCAAGACCAGUCUUUUGCUCGUACAUGUUGUGCAAAUGAGGAUUAUAACGAAGAAAGAACCACUAGAAGUACUGAUCCACGACCUGAAGUAGAUCAUGUUGUCGAGCAACUGCAAGCAGAAGACCGACUGGAACGACGACAGCAGAGAAAGGACUUGGUCAUCAAGGAGCAGAAUUUAUUAGCUGCGAUGCAUCCGUGUGGGUUUGGACGGUUUCGCGAAAAAAUCCAGCAUAAUUGGCACAGUGCAGAUGGGAUGCUGCUUGAGGGCGUCGUCUCAAGGACACAGUUCCGAACCACAAAUUUGGAGACCGAAAUCGCCAAAGAGGAAGAAUUGUAUGCGAACAGUUCAUCCGGUAGGGCAGAAGCUUUGGCAAGAAGUAGUAGCCCUUCUUUGCUUCUUGAGGGAGCCGAAGGGCUAGAAAAUUGUGGAGAUGAACAGGAAGGGCGAGUUGUAACUACGCGACAAGCAGUUGCAGUAGAAGACAACGAAAAGAACAGAAGUACAACUUGUAUGGACCAACAUAGCGACAUAAAAACAUGCAGUCCGAAGAAAAAGGAAGCGUUGGGCCCAGGCAGUAGUGAAGAGAAACUUAGUCGCAGCAUCGCCUCCACUGCACUCGAUUCCUCAUUCGAGGAGUCGCCCGGCAAAGACGGUGCAUCGCACCAAAAUGAAGAUGCUAUACCAGAGCCACUUGAACCUUAUGUCCAGCAUCGUAUUGCGGGUGAAGAGGCACAGAAACAGUGGAGCGGUAGCUGUUCUAGCACAGACAACCCGGGCAUAGAUCUACAGCAACAAGGAAGCAGCGAAGGUAGCCUCGAAGAUGAAAUCCCACGCCUUGGAUUGUGGCCAACAGCUUCGCUCAUCAACCACUCCUUUGCGGCGCCAAACGUGGCACGAAGUUUCUCACUACGAUUGUGUUCGGGAAGAAGACCUCCACAAACUAAAGGUAACACGCCGCUUCGGGGUACCAUCGUUGUGGAGUAUCGGGUGAUUCGAGAAAUCGCACCAGGAAAUGAAGUUUUCGAUAAUUAUCUAGACUUGUCGAGCGACUUCAAGAAACGGAAAGACGUAGAAUUGAAGCAGCACAAGCUGAGACACGUCCGUCCGGACGAGCACGACAACGAAGCGACGCGUGAAUUCUUAGCAGCAUACGACGAUCUGUGGGGACGAGUUCGCGACAACGGAGCCGCAAAUGAAGAGGGAGAAGAAGUAGAAGACGAUGAGGAUGAGGAUGCCGCCGCGUCUUCUUCGAAGAUUAAGGCGGGUGCUGAAGAAGUAGAUGAACAUGAAGGACUUGAGGAGUCCGCACCAGGCGAAAUUACUUCUUCAACCUGCGACACUACUAAAACAGCUGGAACGGUUCUCUAUUCAACACGAGAGGUUCUUUCCUCAUUCAACAACGACGAGAAUGGGGAUAAUCCUACUAUCAAUAUUUCUGGUUCCGCUAGUGCGGCUUCCACGUCGCACCCCUCUGCGCAAGAGCGCGUUGAAGCCCUAUUUCAGCUUUGCAGCGAAAUUUCCCAGUUGAUGGACAUGGAGCUUUACUCGGACCCGGCUGGUUUCCAUGUCUUCCUGAAUUUCGCGAAAGCCUUGAAUGAGGACGGAUUUCGUGCGGAAGCCGUGAAUAUGCUAGCGCGAGCACUGGACUUGGUCUUAGUACGGGAGCCCUACAGUCUACAUUCCUGUCUCGUUUUGUCGUUGUUGUGUACCUGGAUGCGAGGUGAAAGUGGGAUCAACGACGAUACUUGUGACGAUGAAGUCUUGUUCUCACCGGACGAAACGGAAUCGAUGUUGCGUCUCUGUCGUAAGCAUUUUUCUGUGGUGUUUGGUCCAUCACAGUUUGCGUUGAGCAACCCUCAUUUGUGCUAAAACGACUCAAAACAGCUUUAUACGUACUAGUCCUUUAUAAUAUUAUCGACCCUGUUCUUCUAGUCCUAUGUAUAAGCAUUCAUGCAUACACGCAGCCGCAUAGCGAACAACAAUGAUGAUCACAAGUAGAACAAAACGAAAUGAACAUAAUGAACUUUCCUUUUCCACCUCUGCAUCUCAUGCACACUCACAGCACUCGACAUUAAAAUCUGACAUAUUUCUACGCAUAUUAUUCCAGAUUCAAAUCGCUGUCGGUG